GCAAAUUUCAUGACGGCAGUAGAAAAUCUCCGAAAAGUAUUUUGCUAAAUUGCUUGAUAAACAGAUGUUUAACUAACUUUUGACCAGUAAAAAGAUGAACCAAUACUUGUUGACGCUAAUGGUGACAUUUGAACAAGAAUAUGCUAUACAGAAAUUGUUUGGCCGUCAUGGAUGGGAAUAUUCCAAAAUAAGUGGUGAUAUAUCACUUAAAAAUAUUGAAUUGGAGGAAACAUCAGCAGCAGUGAACCAACAAGUCUCACAGAAUACAACAGAGAAGACUGACACAUGUAGUAAAGAUACAAGAGCAGCUGCUGACACAGCUAAUGAUAAUCAAGGUACAGCUUCUGGUGAAAGUGCAGUAAACAAUCAUGUAAAUAAUAUAUUUAAUAAUAGUGUCACUCAACACCAUGAUGCUCACUGUGGUGGUGAAGAUGGUAACAAUGGUAAUAAUUGUGGUGGUGAUACAGAUACAGGAGAAAGUUUAGAGAGUCUUGGUAUUGUUGUUAAGGAAGAAGUUGAAAGUUGUGAUGAAGAUGAAACAUUUGAACAUAAUCUAGACAAUAUAAAUGAUACCUCAAGUAAAGUUGAAAAUUCGGGUAAAGACAAACGAGGAGCCAAAUGUAAACUUAAAGUAAACUCUGUGAUUAAGAAAAGGAGAAAAGAAAGAGCUUCUAGUGAUAUAAAUGAAGAGGUGGCUGGAGGCAAAAGUGAAUUUAAACUUGAAGAAUUAUCUCCUGGAGACCAGGAGAUAAAUGAUCCUUUAGCUGUACUAGAAACAUUACCAAACAUUGAACAUGUGUCAAAGGUUGGCCUACCACAUGAUGUUGAAACCUUCCUAACAGAUGCUAAUGAUGUAGAUGAUUCAGGUUUUAGUGCUACACUGUCUGCAUACUUUUGUAAAGACUGUGGACAUACUUUUCCUGAAGAAAAAUAUUAUAUCUUACAUAAACGAUCUGGAAAAUGUGUAUUUCCAUGUCAAUCUUGUGAUAAAAAGUUCACCUUCAAGAACUUCUCCAAGUACCAGGAGCACCUCAAACAGCACAGACUUGAAGACAUUUUAUCAACUAUAGUAUCAUCCGCAUCACCACUGGAUAGUGCAUUCAGUUGUGCAGUUUGUAAUAAGACCUAUAUGUCAAAAUACAGUCUGUCAAGGCAUGUAAAAGUGCACACAGCUGCCGAAUUCAAAUGUCUAGUUUGCAGUAAAGAAUUUCAUAUACAGAGUUCUUACAAACAACACUUAGAGACACACCAGGGAGACAAACAUUUGUGUUCUGAGUGCGGAAAGUCUUUUUGUAGGGUUUGGUAUCUCAAUCAACACAUAAGAACGGCACAUCAAAAUGAUUAUCCCUAUGUGUGUAAUAUCUGUGGCAGAAAGUUCUCAAAGAAUCAGCAUCUGGAGGGGCAUAAUGUGAAGCAUCACAAGGCUGAGAAAAUGUACGCAUGCACAAAAUGCCAUAAGAAAUUUACGUACAAAAGUACUGCACAUAGGCACGAGAAGGUGUGUCUAGGUUCCGCAGCAAUGAAAACGGAAUAUACGUGUGAAGUAUGCAACAAGGCUUUUGUAAACAAGAAGAGCAUUAGACAGCACAUGAUUCUUCACAGUGAACCAAAACAUAUAUGUGAUAGCUGCGGAAAAACAUUUAUUUGGAGGACAAGUUACAAGGUGCACUGCAAUUUGUGUACCGGCAGUUUUUGAAUGUUUAUUGACAUGUAACAAAAAAGCUACAUUCAAAGAAGAGUUUUAAUGUUUAUUGACAUGUAACACAAAAAGAUUACAAGGAAGAGUUUGAAUUUGAUGAAUGAAAUGAAUCUGGAGGCCAGAGAUAGAUUUGUCAGAGUCCUACUUCCUUGGCAUUGUUUAAUUAAAGGCACCAUCAGAUAAAUUUGUCAUUUACUCCACAAGCUAGAUACCGUUAUGGUUUAUAGCUUCAUGGAACAUGUACUUAAAAAGUUAAUGUUUGAUUAAUGUAUCGAAGAACAUGCUAGUAAUUCAUUGAGAACUUAGUGUUGUAAUCACUCAACUUCCAUCCAAACCUCAGUCUUCACUUUUCUUCCGAUGACAUUUCCUCUGAAACUGCUGGUCAGAAUUGCACCAAACUCGGUAGCAUCAUAGCAUGGUUAUCGAUUAAGUUUUUCAAAUGUUUCAGCUUGGCCCAUUACAGGGACCGCCAGAGCUAAAAAGUGAAAAACCUCAUAAACUGCUUGAUGGAUCUUCACAAAACUUUGUCUGUAGUAUCAUUAUAAGGUCCUCCCCAAAAUUUGUUCAAUUACAAAUUUGCUUGCAUUGCCACUUUUAAGGGUUUCUAGAGCUAAAAAAAAAGAAAUACCUGUAAAUAACUUCUUCUUAUGAGUCAUUGUGUGGAUCUUCAUUAGACUGAAUAUUUGACAUCAUUAUAAGGACCUCCAAAAUUUGUUCAAAUGGGGACACAGGGCCCCUUCAAUAGACGACAAGAGCUAGAGGUAGAAAUACCUUUAAACCACUUAUUCUCAUAAACUGCUGGAUGGAUCUUCAUCAACCUUAGUCUGUAGCAUCAUUAUAAGGUCCUUUCCACCUUGUUUUUCAAAAUGGGGUGCUUGGCCCCUUUAAGGGACCAAAAGAACUAAAAAUAGAAAUAGCUUUAAAUGACUUCUUCUCAUAAACAUCUGGGUCUCCAUCAGACUUGGUCCGUAAUUUUAUGCAAAUGGGACAGUAACAUAACUUCUUAGGGGCCACUUUGAGGUGAAAAUAUGGGUAGAACCAUUUUAAGGAGACCUUUUAAAAUACACUCAUUCUGCUCCCAAUUGUUUGUGUGUGUGUUUACCCUCCUAAUUUUAAAGACCUAGGAAACAUUUAAUGUUUGAACUGUGUGUCAUCUGCCAAUUAACUUCUGCUGCCUCAGGAACUUUCGACACCUGGAGUAUAUGAUGGUCCUCUUAGAAAGUUGCACACUCUUUAGCCUGUUUAAGCUCUGCAAUUCAUGUGAGCAGUCUAGGGCCAUCAUGGUCCCCUUGUAAUGAAUUUUCAACUAAAUGUUUAGUAGCUUAUGCAAAUCUUAGUGUAGUAAUAUUGUUCAUACAUUAUCUGUCCAUUAAUGUAUAUUUAUUAAUUUAAUAAAUCUAUUAUAUUUA